CAUCCUCAGCUCACCUCUCAUCACCACUCAUCCAGUUUUCUUCCGUCGGGAGCUUUGUUAUUGUUUUCUUUCCCUCCUCUCCUUGAUACAUGCGCCAUGAGCCCAACUAACACCGUUGGGAUGGCCAGCGCCACCACCAAAGCCCCGUUGCUCACGACUCCCUAUGUGGAGCCGUAUAAUUGCCAUAUCCCCAAUGAGUUGGUGACGUUCACCGCCGAUGUGUCCGGGGCCGCCACUCGCCAAGUUGCGCUCGUCGAGAGCCCCGACAGCCCCGAUUUUGCCUUCUGCCAGCCGCCAGGGUCGGAGGGCGAUAGCAUGUCGAGCAUCCUCGCCUUUAGUCCUGCUGUCUGCCCCUCGUACUGGGUUAUGCACCAUGUGACCGCACAUAAGACGGUGGUGUCCGGGACGUCAACGAAGACUGUCACGACUGCAUACUGCUGUGACAAGAGUCAAACGCUCUACCCAAGCGGGAUCGACGACCUGGGUAUCGAGUAUUUCUCCUCAAACCCGGCCUGCGUCUGGAGGGUGCCGGAGGACUACCCACGAAACAUCUACCUCCAGCCGGACGGUACAACGGGCGCCUAUGCAACCUUCACGGAAGGCCCAUUAGUGCGACCGGCGUGGCGCAUCUCAUGGGAGGCGACGGACCGGAAAAGCCUGAGCCCUGUGCCGCCCUCGCUCACGGCGGGCCAGUCGCUGUCGUUCUGGACACCAACGCCCAAAGACUUAGGGGGCAAGAGCUGCAGUUCCGAAAACCCAUGCGAUGAACAUCACCUUGACGGUCUACUGGAGCUGAUCGCUGUGCCGUCGAGUGUUGGUUUUGUGCUUAUUGUAGGGAUCAUUAUUUGCUGCGUCGUGGCGAAGAAGAGGAAGAGGAAGAGGGAGAGGAAGGAGGCAGCGUUGUCGGCUGACGCGGUACUCGUUGACGACCAAAAGUAGUUGUCGAUGUGUCAUUCUACAUACUUGGCGAACUACUGGCUUUUCCGAGUUGUGCUUUGAGCUCUGUCUUAGUGUCAUUCCUAGUAUCUACAGAGUUGGUUGAAAUGGAACUGCGUAAUGUCUAUCCCUUCCCUGUGGAGUACAGGUCGCGUAGCCUGCAUUCUCCGUGUCUUAUAUACGAAGACCACUGGAAAGGAAUGGCUGCC